CAUUGCCUCCAUUUUCGCCAGUCGACCCCAGGAUGCCACAUUUGGUGGUUAUAAAAGCCUGUCGUGCCCACAUCACUCCAAACGCCAGUGUUCCGCAGAGCUGAAAGGAUGUUCUCCCGGUUACAGGUGGUGGUUGUGACUCUGUGGGUCUCUUUGCUGCUGUGCAGAGUCAGUUCAGCGCCCAGAGGAGACCUGCUGCUCCAGCUGCUACGCUCACAGGUGGACCCCAAGGAGAAUGAGCUUCAGGAUCUCUCUCGUCUCCUCCUCCUGAAGCAGCUUUCUGAAUCAGUGACUCCUGAAGAGAAAGAUGCUCUCGACAGCAUUGAUGAGCUGGACGUUCGUAAUGAAGUGGUUCGGCAGAUUCCAGUCUCCCAGCGAGAGCGGAAAGCAGGCUGCCGAAAUUUCUACUGGAAGACCUUCACGUCCUGUUAAUUAUACAUCUAAAUAGGAUAGAUCGCCCAAAAAUGAAAAUUCACUCACCAUUUACUGACCCUCAAAUGGAGUUUCUGUUGAACACAAAAAGAAGAUUUUUAAGAAUUUUGGAAACUGAUAACCACUGACUUCCAUAGUAUUUGUUUUUCCUACUAUGAAAGUUAAUGGUUACCCAUUUCCAACAUUUUUCCAAAUAUCUUCUCUUGUGUCCAACAGCAGAAAGAAACUCAAAUAGGUUUGGAUGAGUAAAUAAUGACUGAAUUUUCAUUUUUAAAUAUUGCUUUAAUUGUUCAACAAGAAUAACUGUAUUGGCAUUAGUAUUAGAGCAGUGUUUCUCAACCAUGUUCCUGGAGGACCACCAGCACGGCACAUUUUUUUAUGUCUCCUUAACCAAACACACCUGAUUCAGAUCAUCAGCUCCUUACUAGAGACUGAAAGACCUGUAAUGGGUGUGACAGAUAAAGUAGACAUCCAAAACAUGCAGUGCUGAUGGUCCUCUAGGAACGUGGUUGAGAAACAGUGUAUUAUAGGAUGCUUUUGAAGGGCAAUACAUGAUGGAUUAAGAUUUAUGUAUAUGUUCCUCACUUUGUCUCAUAGUAUCUGUAUGUAACACUGUUUUCUCAAAAUUUCACCAGCACACACAGUGGCACCUGUGAUACUAUUCCAGCGCAAAGAGUGUCCAUAUCUUUUUGACUAGUGUUGAAUGAACAUAUGCACUAUAUACUAGAUAUUAUCAUGUUAUUAGGCUCACUGUAAGUGAAUUCAUCAUUAAAGUUUAAAUAUAGAGCUUUUGUCAUCGCUAGAUUUCUAGUCAUCUGUAAUAAAGUGUG